CGCCUUGAGGAAGCAGUGGCUUGUGUUCAGGAAGCCACUUUUAAUCCAAGGAUCUACCCAGCAUGCCUAAUCAAGGAGAAGACUGCUAUUUUUUUUUCUAUUCUACAUGUACCAAAGGUGACAGCUGCCCAUUCCGUCACUGUGAAGCUGCACUAGGAAAUGAAACAGUUUGCACAUUAUGGCAAGAAGGGCGCUGUUUUCGACAGGUGUGCAGGUUUCGGCACAUGGAGAUUGAUAAAAAACGCAGUGAGAUUCCUUGUUAUUGGGAAAACCAGCCAAUGGGAUGUCAAAAACUUAACUGUGCGUUCCAUCACAACAGAGGACGUUACGUUGAUGGCCUUUUCCUACCUCCGAGCAAAACUGUGCUACCCACUGUGCCUGAGUCCCCAGAAGAGGACGCGAAGGCCAGCCAGCUCGCAGCUCAGCAGAACAAACUGUCUGUCCAGUCUAACCCCUCCCCGCAGCUGCGGAGCGUCAUGAAGGUGGAAAGUUCAGAAAACGUUCCCAGUCCCACACAUCCACCCGUGGUCAUCAACGCUGCAGAUGACGAUGAAGAUGACGACGAUCAGUUUUCUGAGGAAGGUGAUGAAACCAGAACGCCUGCCCUGCAAGCGACUCCUGAGGCUCAUAACGGGUUGCGAGUGCCUUCUGCCCGGAAGCCCGGGGCCGGUCUGAAGCAAGGUGAAUGUUUGAAUUUUGGAAUAAAAACUCUUGAGGAAAUCAAAUCAAAGAAAAUGAAGGAAAAAUCCAAGAAGCAAGGUGAAGGUUCUUCCGGAGUUUCCAGCCUUUUACUCCAAGCCCAGCCUGUUCCAGGUCCUGAAAAAGAGAAUGUCCGGACUGUGGUGAGGACAGUAACUCUGUCCAGUAAACAAGGAGAAGAACCCUUGGUUAAAUUGAGUCUCACCGAGAGACUGGGGAAACGAAAAAUUUCAAUAGGUGGUGAAAACAGUGAUCCUCCAUUAAAGCGCAGCCUUGCACAGAGGCUAGGGAGGAAGGUUGAAGUUCCAGAAACUAACACUGACAGAACAGCAAAGAAAGUUCAAGUUUCCAAAUCUCUGAAGGAGCGAUUAGGCAUAUCCACUGAUCCAAACAGUGAGGCAGUGACAGAGAAAGUUACUAAAGUUGGCGAGAUCCACGUGAAGACACUAGAAGAAAUUCUUCUUGAAAGAGCCAGUCAAAAACGUGGAGAAUUGCAAACUAAACUCAAGAUGGAUGGACCUUCAAAAGCCGAUGACUCCACUUCAGGAACGAGAAACUCCUCCAGUAUCCGAAUCAAAACCUUUUCUGAGGUCCUGGCUGAAAAGAAACAUCGGCAACAGGAAGCAGAGAGACAAAAAAGCAAAAAGGAUGUAACUUGCAUGAAGUUAAAGGCUGAGAGUGAAAUGAAGAAGCCAGUGGUUUUGCCACCCAUAGUUGCCAGCAAAGGACUGUCAGAGGAGCCUGCAGGGAAAACAAAGCCCAUGCAGGAGGUGCACAUCAAAACGCUGGAGGAAAUCAAACAGGAGAAGGCACUGAGGGUGCAGCAGAGCUCUGAGAGCAGCACCGGCGCCCACCCCCAGCCCGAGGGCACACCAGGGGCAAGGCGGCUCCUGCGCAUCCCCAAAAGGACAGGUAUAAAAGAAGAGAAGAAACUUCAGGAAGGAUGUGAAGUUGCAUCUCAGAGCAGUGCUGCUACAGCAGAGGCUAAAGAGGCUUCCGAUGAGACCACAGGAGGUGGCAUCACUAAAAUUCAAGUCAAGAGAUGUGAGACCAUGAGAGAGAAGCACAUGCAGAAACAGCAGGAGAGGGGAGCCCCACAGAAGGAAAAAUCCGUUUUAACACCCCUUCAGGGUGAUAUAGCCUCUUGCAAUACCCAGGUGCCAGAGAAACCAGUGCUCACUACUGUACCAGGUGUCGCUCGGCACCCAACAAAGCGGCUGCCCACAAAGUCAUCCCAGAAAGUGGAAGUAGAAACCUCAGGGAUUGGGGAUUCAAUAUUGAACGUGAAAUGUGCAACACAGCCCUUGGAAAAAAGGAGUAAAGCUAAACCCAAAGUGAAUGUGAAGCCAUCUGUGGUUAAAGUUGUUUCAGCCCCCAAAUUGGCCCCAAAACGCAAGUCAGUAGAGGUCCACCCUGCCGUCGUUGCAGCCGUGAAGCCGCUCAGUAGCAGCAGCAUCCUGCAGGAGAGCCCCGCCAAGAGAGCAGCGGUGGCUGUUGUCCCGCUCCUCUCUGAAGACAAGUUAGCCACUGUGUCCGAGACAGAAAAACCUAGGGACAGUCUCGUGCUGUCUCCAACUCAGUCCUCUUCAGAUUCCUCGCCACCAGAAGUAUCUGGCCCUUCCUCAUCCCAAAUGGCUACGAAACCUCGCCGCCUCAGCUCUGCAUCAACCGGAAAGCCCCCACUGUCUGUGGAGGAUGAUUUUGAGAAACUAAUAUGGGAGAUUUCAGGAGGCAAGUUAGAAGCCGAGAUCGACCUGGAUCCUGGGAAGGAUGAAGAUGACCUUCUGCUCGAGCUCUCAGAAAUGAUUGACAGCUGAAGCUGGCAGUGAAAAACUUAAAAAAAAAAAAAAAAAACACCAAAAAACUGGACUUAGUUUCAUCUAUUACAACAUUUACCCGAGGUGAUCAUUUCAUUAGUCUAGAACUCCUCCCACAUGAGAAGUAUACCUCUGAAGUACCCGUGUGUGUCCCAGAUUCCUUUGGGUCAGAUUUUUAAAGUCACGCAUUUCAUUUUGUUCAUUUGAUGCCGUUGUUUAGCAUCUUUGAGAUACAGUUCUGUUUGUCUUUCUGUCCACAAAAAGAGACUGAGAGGAGAAUCCUGGCGAAGGGUGCAAGAGAACGAGUGACUCCUUGAGGUGUUGGUCAGUUUUGGCUUUUUUUUUCCCCCCUUUGUUGUAUUAUUUCUUUUAUGAAUUGUCUUAAUGUACUUAAUAUUACCUGAAUUUGAAAAGAAUGAAGACGGCUGCUACCAUUAAGGACCAAAUUUCAUGCUACCACUAAACAAAAAAUUACUUCGUCUAUGUUAAAUUGUCUGUCUUUUUAAAUGUAUUUAGAGAUUGAACUAAGCUUUAGAGAGGUGCUGAGUGACUCCGGAAGCCGGUGAUCUGGAUAGAACCUUGGGCCUGAUUGUGAUGCUCCUGCUGCUCUGUAAGCCUCUGAAGAGCAAUAGCUAAUUUAUUAUUACUGUAAUUUCUUCAGGCUUUAAAGUGCCUCAGGGGUGCCCUGAAACUAAUUUUCUAUUUCUGGAAUUCCCUUGAUUCUCUGUAAGAGAUGGCGACAUGAUUAGAGGAAUUCCUUUUUAGUAUGAAAGUUGUCCCUUCUUUAGUACUUGUCUCCUAUUAAAUUGUCAAAGGGACAAAAAUUGGUUAAAUUUUUUAUUUCUAUCUCUCCCAGUGAACUCCUCUUGCCCAGUAUUUAUUUGGGUCCCUGUACCUAACCGAGGGCAAAAAUGAACUCAUUUAAGCUGCCAAUAUUUAUCUCUGGACUGUAGCAGUACACUGACUUGUACUGCAGCAGGGAUAUUGAAACGCUCUGGGGGUGUAUUGAAUACCUUCCAGCUCUACAGUUUUCUUCAUUUCUGAAUCGAAUUUUCUUUUCUUGUGUUGGUCUCCUUCAUAUCACCUCAAGGGUUUAGACUUGUGAAGGAACAAGAAUGAUGGGGAUAGUAGUCUUGAAAGGAGACACACUGUACAUAAUCAGAAGGAAAAAGAAGGGACUUCCAUUUUGAUAUUUUGCUCUAGGGGGCCAGUUUUGUUUCUCAGAGGGAAAUCUGACCCACCUGUCACGCUGGCUCCUAAGGAACUGCUGUUGUAAGCGGCUCAUCAAGAGUUGAACUUCAUGUAGCCUUGUUGGGAAUAUGGAAAAGGAAGAAAGGCACAGGACUGCCCGUUCAGUCUUGGAAGCUCUGAGUGAUUCCGGCCCAGCAGCGAUGAUGUGGAGUCUGUGUGCAGACGCCUCUCCCGGGGCCUCCUCCGUGACCGAGGGUUGGGGGUAGCCCUCCGAAGCAGGGGUGGGAGGCGAGGGUUUCCCCACAGCUUGUCUACUUAUUUCAUUUUUGGAAUCACCUUACAGAUUCCAGAACCCUUUUGUAUAUAACCUUUAUUCUUUUGUUUUUUAAAAAUAACUUUGUUUCAUAUUUAAAUCCCUUGUAUUAGUCAUUGAUUCAUGUUCAGCAUUAUUUCAGCCAUUUGCCAUUACAAAAAAAGAAAUACUUAUUUGUGAUUUAAAUAAAACUGGUGUAGGAAAGUCUUGA